CCCUGGCAGGGGACCAUGGGGAACGGCCUCUUCGCCAGCUGCUGCCGCUGCAUCACCAACCUCAUCUUCCAGGUCCGUGCGGAGGGCUCAUCGGACGAGAGAUCUCCCCUCUUGCCUGUGCCAGCUGCCGUGGCUCUAGAGGGUGCCCGGGAAAUCCAAGCCAUGCUGGUCGUCUCCAGAGCAUCCGAGGGCUCUGCACCGUACCCGGAUAUCGUCAUGAGCAGUGUGUCGCACGAAUACCUGCAGAGAGGGGCAGAGCCGCCCAGCGGCUUAGUCGAGGGGAAGAGGGUGGAAGAGCCCACCAAGGCUUGCGUCAGGUGCCUGACACUCGUGGCUCCUGGCUUGCUGCAGCAUGCACCGAGAUCUUGUCUGGUGCAUGCCCUUCCUGCCGACCUUGAGCGAGAAUCAUCGCGGCCUCCAAACUAUUCUUGGCCGCUUGGUCGAGCUUCCAAGGCCCACGAGGUUCUUGGAGGUGUAAGCUUUCAAUCAAACCAGCUGGAAGGCAGUCUGGGCAGUGGAGCAAAUGCCAGGCACGGGACACCAGCUCCUGGGCUGCACCGGUGCCAAGGAACCGUGGCGGCGAGCCAGAACGUGGCUCUGGGGCCCACGCCAGCUGAUACUGGCUUGGCAGCUUCCAGUCGUCAAGUCUCUUCUGCUGCCCUCGAUUCUGGUGGGCCCUCAAGGGGCAGUGUGCCGUCGGAGAAGCCUGCGCUUCAUCCAUCGGGAGAGAAGAGCUCGGUUGUCCUCCAGGCUUCUUCGUAUGAGCCACAGGAAGUUGAAAGCGUGGAAGGAGUUGUGGAUGCUAAAAGGGACGCAGAGCAACCCCCGCCCAGCAUAACCCUGAUGAAUGGUGACGGCUUGCACGAGAACCACAACGACGAGACCAGGCAGAACGGCCACGAAGAAACAGACCACGCAGACGAUGGGAACGACCAAGAGGUUAUCGUCAUCCAGGACACCGGUUUUACGGUCAAAGUCCAUGCGCCGGCAGUCGAACCUUUCCCCCUGCAAGUAUCCCCCCAAGAGAUGGUGCAGGAAAUCCACCAGGUGCUGAUGGACCGCGAGGACACCUGUCACCGAACGUGCUUCUCCCUGCAGCUGGACGGCAACGUCCUGGACAACUUUGCCGAGCUGAAAACCAUUGAAGGGUUGCAAGAAGGCUCCGUGUUAAAAGUAGUUGAAGAACCCUACACAGUCCGAGAAGCUAGAAUACACGUCCGCCACAUCCGAGACCUCCUGAAGAGCCUCGACCCCUCGGACGCUUUCAACGGCGUCGACUGCAACUCCUUGUCGUUCCUCACCGUCUUCACCGAAGGGGACCUUGGAGACAGUGGCAAGAGGAAGAAGAAGGGCGCAGAAUUGGAGCAGAUCGAUUGUACCCCUCCUGAACAUAUCCUGCCGGGGAGUAAAGAGCGGCCCCUCUGCCCCCUUCAGCCUCAGAACAGAGACUGGAAGCCUCUACAGUGCCUAAAAGUAUUGACCAUGAGUGGCUGGAAUCCUCCUCCCGGCAACCGCAAGAUGCACGGAGACCUCAUGUACCUGUAUGUCAUCACGAUGGAAGAUCGCCAUGUGAGCAUCACGGCCUCCACCCGUGGCUUUUACCUCAAUCAGUCCACGGCCUACAACUUCAGCCCUAAGCCUGCCAACCCCAGUUUCCUCAGCCAUUCCCUGGUCGAGCUUCUGAACCAGAUCAGCCCAGCCUUCAAAAGAAACUUUGCUUCUCUUCAGAAGAAACGGGUCCAGAGACACCCGCUGGAGAGGAUAUCCACACCUUUCCAAGUCUACAGCUGGACGGCCCCUCUGGCUGAGCACGCCAUGGACUGUGUGAGGGCGGAAGAUGCUUACACCUCAAGGCUGGGCUACGAAGAGCACAUCCCAGGACAGACCAGAGAUUGGAACGAAGAGUUGCAAACAACCAGGGAACUGCCACGCAAAAAUCUGCCAGAGAGGCUGCUGAGGGAACGCGCAAUCUUUAAGGUCCACAGCGACUUCACUGCCGCGGCGACGAGAGGCGCGAUGGCGGUCAUUGACGGCAACGUGAUGGCCAUCAACCCCAGCGAGGAGACCAAGAUGCAGAUGUUCAUCUGGAACAACAUCUUCUUCAGCCUGGGCUUCGACGUCCGCGACCACUACAAAGACUUUGGCGGGGACGUGGCCGCCUACGUGGCCCCCACCAACGACCUCAACGGGGUCCGGACGUACAAUGCGGUGGACGUGGAAGGGCUCUACACCCUGGGCACGGUGGUGGUGGACUACCGGGGCUACCGGGUGACGGCCCAGUCCAUCAUCCCUGGCAUCCUGGAGCGGGAGCAGGAGCAGAGUGUCAUCUACGGCUCCAUCGACUUUGGCAAGACGGUGGUCUCUCACCCCAAGUACCUGGAGCUGCUGGAGAAGACCAGCCGGCCCCUGAAGAUCCAGAAGCACGCGGUCCUGAACGACAAGGGCGAGGAGGUGGAGCUCUGCUCGUCCGUGGAGUGCAAGGGGAUCAUCGGCAACGACGGGCGCCACUACAUCCUCGACCUGCUCCGCACCUUCCCUCCCGACCUGAACUUCCUGCCCGUCGACGGCGAGGAGAUGCCUGAGGAAUGCCAGAAAAUGGGCUUCCCCAAACAGCAUCGCCACAAGCUCUGCUGCCUGCGGCAAGAGCUGGUGGACGCCUUCGUCGAGCACAGGUAUCUCAUGUUCAUGAAAUUGGCAGCGCUGCAGCUGAUGCAGCAGAAGGCGAUCAAGCAAGAGACCCCCUCCCCUCUGGAGAACGGCGGGAGCCCAUCCUCCUCCUCCUCCUUUCCCGAGAACGGGGUGGAGGACGGUGAGGAGAAGCCCCCCUCGGAGGACGGCAAGAUGGAGGACAGCGUCGCAGGGCUGGACCAGGUGAAAGAGCUCACGGAGACGAUUGCGUCGGACGAUGGAGCAGUGGACCCCAAAAGCCGGGAAGUGAUCCAGAAUGCUUGCAAAGCUGUCGGUUCCAUCAGCAACACGUCCUUCGAUAUCCGGUUUAACCCAGAUAUUUUUUCGCCAGGGGUCCGCUUUCCAGAGUCCAGCAAAGAGCAGAUUCAGGAUCAGAAGCGGUUGCUAAAGGACGCGGCUGCUUUUCUGGUGUCCUAUCAAAUCCCAGGCUUGGUGAAAGACUGCCUUGACCACACCAUGCUCCCGAUGGACGGCGGCACCUUGGCCGAAGCCAUGCACCAGCGAGGCAUCAACAUGCGCUACCUGGGCAGAGUGGUGGAAUUCAUCACCAAGACCCCUGGCCGGGCUCAGCUAGAUCACAUCUAUAAAAUUGGAAUCACAGAACUGAUCACCCGGUCGGCCAAGCACAUCUUCAAGACAUACCUUCAGGGAGUGGAGCUGUCGGGCUUAUCAGCUGCCAUCAGCCAUUUCCUCAACUGCUUCCUCAGCUCCUUCCCAAACCCCGUGGCCCAUCUCCCGGCCGAUGAGCUGGUCUCCAAGAAAAAGAACAAGAGGAGGAAAAAUCGGAAUUUGGGGGCCGCUGACAACACUGCCUGGGCCACCAUGAGCCCUCAAGAAUUGUGGAAGAACAUUUGUUCGGAAGCCAAAAGUUACUUUGACUUCAGCUUGGAAUGUGAGAGUGUUGACCAAGCAGUGGAAGUGUACAGUCUACAGAAGGUCACCCUGCUACGUGAGAUCUCCCUCAAAACUGGAAUCCAGAUCCUUCUGAAAGAAUACAACUUUGAUAACCGCCACAAGCCAACGUUCACAGAAGAGGACAUCCUCAACAUCUUCCCGGUUGUGAAGCACGUCAACCCCAAAGCCUCGGACGCCUUCCAUUUCUUCCAAAGCGGCCAGGCGAAAGUGCAGCAAGGUUUCUUGAAGGAGGGCUGCGAGCUGAUCAGCGAGGCCUUAAACCUGUUCAACAACGUGUAUGGCGCCAUGCACAUGGAAAUCUGCGCCUGCCUUCGUCUCUUGUCUCGCCUGAACUACAUCAUGGGAGACUACUCAGAGGCCUUAAGUAACCAGCAGAAAGCAGUGCUCAUGAGCGAGAGAGUCCUUGGGAUAGAGCACCCCAACACAAUUCAGGAAUAUAUGCACCUUGCUUUGUACUGCUUUGCAAACAGCCAGCUGUCUACAGCGCUCAACUUGCUAUACCGCGCACGCUACCUCAUGCUGUUGGUCUUUGGAGAAGAUCACCCAGAAAUGGCACUCUUGGAUAACAACAUUGGCUUGGUCCUCCAUGGAGUGAUGGAGUACGAUCUCUCCCUGCGGUUUCUGGAGAACGCGCUGCUCAUCAACUCCAAGUACCACGGCGCCAAGUCUCUGAAAGUUGCACUCAGUCACCACUUGGUCGCCCGAGUGUACGAGAGCAAAGCUGAGUUCCGGUCGGCUCUGCAGCACGAGAAGGAAGGCUACACGAUCUACAAAAACCAGCUUGGUGAGCAUCACGAUAAGACCAAAGAAAGCUCGGAGUACUUGAAAUAUCUGACUCAGCAGGCUGUGGCCCUGCAACGCACAAUGAAUGAGAUCUACAAGAACGGAUCCAGCGCCAACAUUAUGCCCUUGAAAUUCACAGCUCCCAGUAUGGCCAGCGUCCUGGAGCAGCUGAACAUAAUCAAUGGGAUUCUCUUCAUUCCACUAAGCCAAAAAGACUUGGAGAACCUUAAAGCCGAAGUGCAGCGGCGCCAGCAACUUCAGGAGGUCCUCAAGGGCAGCGAAGAGUUGGAGUCGGAAGAAAAACCCACAGAAGAGAGCGAGCCCGAAGCAAGCCCGCCUGCAGCCACGGCCCCCUAGCUUGGGGGUCCGCGUCGGGAGAAGGCUCUGGCUGUUUGAAUCUGUCCCGGGGGUGGGGUUUAGGGAGUUCCUCAGCCUCUCCUCAGGGCAGCUUCUCCUCGGCAAUGUGUUUUUGUGUUGUUGUUGUUUUUAUUUUUUAAUUUGCACUGGUACAAUGAAUACACAAUGCAAAGAACUAAAUUUUGAGAAAUGAACCCUACCUGUCAAGGCGGGCACUGGGCACCCGAAACGGGGCGGUGCCCGGAGAGUCUAACUGGGGCGGGAGAAUGCAGGGAUGCCGUGGGGAGGGUGGAAAGGGGGCAUGCGUGUGUGCGUGUACGUUUCAAUCCAUUUUUACCGUGUACAUAAGAGAUUUAAUUCCAAGUGAGGUAUAAUAACAUUUCUCAGGUCAUUUUUUCUGUUGACUUUUAAAGGACAUCUAUAACUUUGCAGAAAAGGAACCUUCCCCACCUUCCGGGCCUGGUGGUUCUUCCUCCCCAACCCCCCCCCCCCAAAAGUUCUUUUUCUUCCAAUUUUUGAGGCUCAGCCUGCUGCUGCACUGUUUAGGUGAUCGUGACACUAUAAAUAUUAUAUAUUAAAUAUAAAUUCAGCCAUAUUUUUUAUCUCAAUGUUUUAUCUUUAAGGCCUGAGCAGAGUUGGUACUGCAGAGGAAACUGUUUUGAGGAGAUGGCGUAGAACUUUUUUUUGGUCUAAAUUUAGGAGACAGCCAUUGGAUUCCUUUUAGGGUUCCUCUUUUUAUUCUUUCCUUGUCUUCCCCCCCGCCCUCAAACUAUUUAGAUUUGUUGGGAACGUGGGGUGCGGUUUUGUUUUUUUGCAAGUUUCAUGGCCCAGGAAAGGAGAUGUUGUGUGGUUUUUGUGUCCGCCUAAAUUCCUUGUGCUUUGCUCCCUCUUGAGCACAGCAUAAGAAACAGCAUCCAAAAAAAAGGGGGGGUAUUUAAAAAGAAAACCAAGCCAUGGGAUGCUACAGCUCUGGUCAUCCAACUGCCCCCUAUGCCAAGUUAACUGUAAAAGCUGAAUUGAUGGCUUGGGGGACAGGGAGGUAGUGCUGAGUAACUAGGCUGGCUCCUCCCAUGUCAAAGCAUAAAUUCCCCCCCUACCCUUUUCACCUUAUACAAUGGAAAAUCCCUAGUGCCUAUACUUUCCCUCUCUCCCCACCCCCUUCUCAAAGAGUUGUGUGAAUGGCAUGGAACAAAAGCGCCUCGGUCGUCUCUCACAAGUUACGUGCCCCAGAAUCGUACCGGAGGAGCUGAAGACUGCUGUCUCGAAAGCAAUUGGUUCAAUUGGUGAGCUGAAUUGAAUCAAUGUUUGGGUUGUUGUUUUUAAAAGGUUUAUCUGUGAAUGUACUUAAACAAGAAUCAUGAACCUAAAAUGAAGCUCUUUUCUCUCCCCCUAAUUUCCUUCUCACAGUGAAAACAAUAAUAAAUUUGUAUUAGAUACUAUAUAGUACGGAACAAGAUGAUUGGUGUGUGGGGGGGUGUCUUGUUCGUGUGGAGGUUUUUUGUCCCAAAGCCUCAUCAGCUUUAGAACACAAGCUUCCCAAGAAGGCAUUCAUUGCUGGCAAUGGAUGCUCUGCCCAAUAUUCUGCUCUCCCCUGAAGGGGGAAAACGGUGAUAUGUUCUUCAGCUACUCUUAAUAGCUCUCACUACUGUACGUCCCUGCUAUUACCGACAGGUUGAAUGUGUUCAUAAGAACAAUAAAGCUGAUUUCCUAGCUCUGCCCUCCCUGCCUAGAAAAACACACAUCAUGUUGAGUUCAAAAUGCAGAGUCUGGUGGUCACCACCUCCCUCCUCUCCCUUUUGUACUAAAUUGCAUUUUGUCAGCCGCCACCCCUGCUCAAAACCACAAGAGUGAGAGGUCAUGUUUCUACCAUGUGACUCGAAUAUUGUAUUUUGGGAAAGGAUGGGUUGGGGGGGGCAGGACUUGUGUUACAGACUCAGUGCAAGGGGUUGGGCAACUUACGGUCUCUGCGGCCCUAUAAAACCUGCCAAAAACGGCUACCAAAGAAAGGUGGGUGGGAGGGGAGUGUGUGAGUGAGUGACGUCAUCGUAGCGUGGCUGGAAAUUGCUGCUACAGAGGGCAAAAUAAAAUAAAGCGAAACUUUGGCAUUGGUUCUGGGGCCCAGAUAGCGAAGGUUGCCUAUUCCUUGACGUGAGUGCAAUUUAGGUACAUAGCAAGAGCCCUGCCCCCCUUCCCUGGGGGAGAGAAUGUUCUUUGGUCCAGAUGUGGAGGUGGGGGGCGAGAGAGAAAAAUACAGAAUUUCCUUGGAAGUGUCUGAAUAAAGAACAGAUUUCAAUGCAACUUUUA